AUGUGGCUAGCGUACCAAGACAGACUGAAAACAAAGCAAAAACUCCUGAACAUGGGGAUGAUUGAGGAUAACAUAUGCCCCAUCUGUUGCACCCAGACAGAAACGAAAGAUCAUUUUUUCUUCAGUUAUGAAUUUAGCAGACAAUAUAUAGACAUGUUGAGACAAUGGCUUAAGGUGAUGUGGAAUGUCCGAAGCUUGAAAGACUUAUACCGCAAAUGUUGUAUGCCUAGAUCUAAGGUGAAAGUCAUAGAAGCCAUCCUUGGAAACCUAGUCUACGCCAUAUGGCGCGCAAGAAAUGAGGUUGUGUGGCUCAAGCAAGUCAUAACAGUUCGAAGAGUGUUUGUGACCGUUAAGCAGGAAUCUAAACUGAGACUUAGUCACCUCUCGUGGAGCAGACCCAUUCACAAUUGGGUUAAGGAGCUAUGA